AAAAUCUACCUUCAAUUCGUCCAGCCGCCCACCCCCUUCUUUCAUUUCUGUCUCUUCUUCAAUGGCUCUAUUCGCGACAACCUCCAUGCUUUCACACUCCGUAUCGGCACCAAGUCUCCGCCGUAAUUUACCAAAACUCCGGCGGUCUUUUCUUCCCUUAGCCUCUUUAAGCGUCCCCUCCCCCGAAUCCUCCUCAUCUCCUACCAAUACUGAAACUGUCUCGUCCUCUAAGACUUCACCUUCUCUGAACUCACCUAAACCUCCCGAUUCGAUCUUGGCCUUUGAUUUAUCCAACCAAAACGGGAAUCCAGUUGUCAGGAUUGCUCGAUCCACUGAGUCUAACAUCGAGAGGACAAUUUUCAAUUUCCGAUUCCUGGCGCUUCUGGCUGUUGGAGGUUCACUUGCUGGGUCUCUUUUGUGCUUUCUAAAUGGUUGUGUUUACAUUUUUGACGUUUGA